GCUCCCCUUUCUCUGGCGUCGCCCCCACCUCUGUGCUUCUUGAUCGGGAGGUCGUUGGAGAGCCUUACACCCCAAGUCUGAGGACCCAUCUCACCAAAUCUCCUCAGCCAACACCCCAAUCCCCACCCUCCACACCCUCUUCCACCACCAUAGCCUUUGAGAAUCGACCACGCACAAACUCCUCUGAAGUGGAAGGAGAUGGCGACAAAGAAGAAACGAAAAUUUCUGGAGGGGUCAGAGACCUUCGUGAGGAAGAAGGCUUCCAGAUUGCUGAGGCCUCAGCAGUGUUGCGGAAUGAUCCAUCUGCUCUUCUCAGUCACAAUCCUGAGCGCUCUCGGCACGCCUGGCAUUCUGACUGAUGGUAAGAUCACCCUGAGUGUGACUACACAGCAAAAUGCCAGCGAAGGAUCCCUGAGGCUGUUAUCACCGGAGAAAAACUGGACGUGCGCGGGAGCAGUGCAGAUCUACCUCAACGGGAUGUGGGGAAACGUCUGUGAUGAUCUGUGGGACCUGAAGGAUGCCCAAGUAGUGUGCCAGCAGUUGGACUGUGGCUCGGCGAAGGAGGCGGUGAACUCUUCCGCGUUUGGCAUCGGCAACAGCACCGACAAAAUCUGGCUGAAAAAUCUGGAAUGCAAUGGAGACGAGAAGAAUCUGACACAGUGUCCCUAUAACACAAGGGACUACGGGAACUGUACUCACAAGGAGGAUGCUGGGGUUGUCUGUACUGAGGCACCUGUGUCUCAGGUAGAAAAAGCGUUCAACAAGUGUACCUGGAAAUACUACUGGGAGAAAGGAGAUGACUAUUGUAUACAGCCUAAAGGUUUCCGUUUGGCAGAUGGGGAGACCAAAUGUGAGGGCCGUGUGGAGAUCCUGUACAACGGCUCCUGGGGCACAGUGUGUGACGAUGGUUGGGACAUCGAGGAUGCCAGGGUUGUGUGCAACCAGAUGAAUUGUAGGGCCCCUAUUGAGACCAGCGGCGAGGAGGGAAACCACACAAAAGGAAGUAAUACCUCCGCCAUCCUCCUCAGUAACGUCCAGUGUCAAGGUGAAGAGACUGUGCUGUGGGGUUGUCGGUCGCCCGAUUGGUUGGAGCAAGACUGCCACCACAAGGAGGAUGUCUGGGUCAAAUGUGGGCCCCCUAUUGAUUUGCCAGGAUACAACCCACUGCGUGAUGAUUUCGUGGCAGUGAUGAUCAGCAUCGCACUGACUGUCCUCCUGAUCAUCGUCACCAGUCUCCUUGUCUACCAGAUCCGCAGGAAAGACGAGAUCCCGCUGGAGUACUAUGGCCACAGGCUGGGCCCCGGUGACUAUGGCAUUUACGAGGACAUUGACUACGCUGGAGUGAAACGUCUCUCGCAAAUUUCCCACGUAUCAGAGGCCGAAAGUUCGCUCGGAGAGGGAGAAUACUAUGCAGAUAUAGAUGGAGAGAAAGGGAGCCUCAAGGGAAGCCUGGGCCUUCGGAAGGAGUACUACGAUGACGUGGAGGGCAAUGACAUGGAAAUGCAAGAAGUAAACGGAGGCGGUAAGGAGGGCUAUGAUGAUAUUGGAUCUCCCACUGAACCCAAACAGAAAUCAGGAAUUGCCUGCAAACCAGCUCAGAAGCCCGGAACUGAAUAUUACGAUGACGUUGAUGACCCUGAAUCACUGAAGGAAGGAAUCACCAGAAAAUCGGUUCAGAGUCCAAGGAAUGAAUAUUAUGAUGACGUUGAUGAUCCUGACUCAAUGAAGGGAGGAAUCACCAGUGAACAGGCUCAGAAACCUGGGAAAGAAUAUUACGAUGAUGUUGAUGACCUUGACUCAGUGAAGGAAGGAAUGCUCCAGGCCGGAGAGGUCAAGAAGGCAAGUGGAGGAGAUUAUGAGAACGUUCCGGAUAAUUCCUCAGCUCUGGCUGGGAGAAGAGGACAUUCCACUGGGAUGCUCCAGGCUGGAGUGGUUAAGGAGGCAAGUGGAAGAGAUUAUGAGAACGUUCCGGAACAUUCCUCAGCUCUGGCUGGGAGAAGAGGACAUCCCACUGGGAUGCUCCAGGCUGGAGAGGUCAAGAAGGCAAGUGGAGGAGAUUAUGAGAACGUUCCGGAUAAUUCCUCAGCUCUGGCUGGGAGAAGAGGACGUUCCACUGGGAUGCUCCAGGCUGGAGAGUUCAAGGAAGCAAGUGGAAGAGAUUAUGAGAACGUUCCAGAACAUUCCUCAGCACUGGUUGGGAGAAGAGGACAUCCCACUGGCAUGCUCCAGGCUGGAGAAGUUGAGGAGGCAAGUGGAAGAGAUUAUGAGAACGUUCCGGAACAUUCCUCAGCUCUGGCUGGGAGAAGAGGACAUCCCACUGGAAUCACCUGUGAUCCGGCUCUGAAUCUCGGGAAUGAAUACUAUGAUGACAUUGAUGACCCUGACUCACUGAAGGAAGAACGGGCGCUCCAGGCUGGAGAGGUGGAAGAAGAAAGUAGAAGAGAUUACGAGAAUGUUCUGGAACCUUCUGCAGCUCUGUUGGGGAAAAGAGGAUGCCCCAGUGCUCCUGGACCGAAGGAGUAGCCCUGCGGGAUCCAUUGCUGGGAAGGGCCUCCCGAAUCCACCUUCGCCACCACCACAUCUGUGGGGGAAGGGGUGACAGGGUCUGUCUCUUCUAUUUGUGUUAUUGCUCCUGCUUCCUGAUCAAAGGGUGGACCACAGAGAGCCUACGUCAGAUUUCGGCAUCUGCUUACCCCCACCGCCAACUUGGGUGGGACUGGGUUAACAGGCCGUUCCUCAAAAAUCUGCGGAAUUACCGCUCAAUGGCGACAAGCUUGUGAAUUCUCAUUUCUUUUGCAUUUUGUAGAUUAUCUGAUGCUUGGAAAUUAUUGCAACAUAAAGGUUGUAGUUCCAUUUAAUGGGGCGUUGACAAAAAGAAUGCAUUAA